AACAACUUGCGGGGAAAGGGGGAAUCGGAAAUUCAACCAUCUUUCCGAGCAUCAUUCACGCGCUACUUAAAUUCAAUAGUUCACAACAGAACUGACCGCCAACCUACUUGGCAAUCAUUGUACCAAGGCACCCAGACAAUCCCUUUCACAAGUACCUUCGUGCUAUACAUCGCCACCUGUAAAAUGGGUAUCAACCGUGUCGUCCAGUUUCAGUUCAAGCCGGACACCGGCAGCGAUGCCAUCGAGAAGGUGUCCGCCAAGAUCCAAGAGAUGAGGGAAAAGUGCUUGCACCCUGAGUCCAAACAGCCUUACAUUCAAUCCAUCCAAGGUGGCGCUGAUAGCUCGCCAGAAGGCCUACAGCAAGGUAUCACUCAUGCAUUCGUCAUCCAAUUCGACAGCCCUGAAGACAGGGACUACUACGCCCUCAAAGACCCAGUCCACCUCACUGUCGUGGCAGAGCUGGGCCCUUUGGUAGAGAAAGUUCAGAUUAUUGACCUGCCGAGGAAUGAUUGAGCAAGGGUCGCGUUGGACUCUGAGGCUCUGGUGUGGUGGCCCUGCUAGCGUAUCGUUUGCAGGCAAGCGAGGGUGAAUAGAAAUUAGAUUUGAGAGCGAUAGUGAUCCAGCCCUGAAUCCAUUUCCUUUACAUACCACGAUCCAUUGUUUCGUAUGAUUAUUUUAGGAGGCUGGCAGUAAUAAAGAACUUCAAAAGACUAGUAUAUAUUGCACUCUAUAGUCUCAUACAAUAAGCAG